AUGGAGAACGCUUUCAUGUGGAUCGAAGGAUGGAGGCCUUCUAUGGCAUUCCAUCUUCUCUACUGCAAGUCCGGCCUACAACUUGAGCCAAGGCUCUCAGAGCUACUCAGUGGUCUCAAGACAGGAGACUUAGGAGACCUUUCUCCCGAUCAACUCACGCGCAUAGACGAGUUGCAAAGGAAGAUGAUAAUGGAAGAAAAAGAACUUGACGAGAAAAAUGGCCAGGUGCAAGAGUCGGUGGCUGAUGCUUCCAUGGUCGAGAUGUCACACAUGGUGACCAAGUUAACAAGGGCUGGUGACGAAACAAUGGAGGAACAUGGACUCCAAGAUGAACGAGUUGCUUCGGCUCUGGCACCCAAUGAGAAAGCAAUGGUAGAUAUCCUUCAGAAUGCGGAUGAUCUUCAACUUAGUACGCUCAAGUGGUCAACAUUCUAA